UCAUUCUUGUCGUGAACACUAUUGGAGAAAGAUCCGCGCGAGAGUCUUCUAAACCGUUGUCCCUGGAGAACACUCAAGUGUCAACAAGUCUACUGUGUAAGAUGGCAGUUGCCUGGAUUUGGGAACUUUUGCUUCAUGAUGUUGACAGCUUAUAGUGAAACAAGUGCCUGAAAUCUAAACCUUCUUAUGUGAGGGUUUGAUUUUAGGAUUUUAGGAGGCAAUGUCAGUGCUUAGUUCUCUAGCAAAGGGAUACGGGUCGUGGAAUGGGGACAUUGAUCUGACCCUUACAAAAGAAACUACAAAUAUCUUGCCCCAAACAGCAGGAUCCACGAGACCCCAUCGUCAUGGGAUUACAGUUUCUCCAAGAGCACCAAACUCGGUGCCCGCCACAGCCCCUGGAAACUGUGGAAUCAGGUUCCAAAACUGUGAUGGGAAACUGGACCUUCCCAAAACAUUCCUGACUCGGAAAGGGGCAUUGUUACUGUUCACAGCUCCGGAUGAUUCGGAACAAACAAAUGUUCCGAGUCAGAGGUUUCACAGAAGACAGAAAGGGAAGCAGCUGAUUGACCUGAGUUUGAAACUUGGAACUCUAGACAGGCUGUGCAAGUCUGUACUUCAGUAUGGAGGCGAGGAGUAUGACAGAGAAAACUCGAGUGUAUCAGAUCCACGCAAUAAAACAUUCUUGAAGUUCGUGCAUCAACCUCAAGAACCAGAAGAUGUAGAGAUUGAUGCUCAUUCUCAACCAGGUGGCGACCUGGAUUUUUACCUCCGUGAUCUGAAGUCUAGAUCCAGUAGUCGCCAGCAUGUUCAAGGUGACUCUGGGUCAGUGUCAAGGUCACCCGAACUGCGUGAGAUUUUACGAGAUUUGGACGGAGCAUUUCCACGGUCAAUGGGUGGUAGAUCUAUGACUUCUGCUGAUUUCACAGAAUCCAAAAGUGGAACUCCCAGGCAGCGUGUUCUCUCCAGCAAGAAGCUGACAGCAUCACUGAGAUCCUCCACCUACCUCGGCCGACCUGCGUCUGCUGUGUCAGCAUCAUCAUCUGUGACAUCUGAACCAGCUGUCAAUCUGCCCCGAAUAACAUCGGAAUCCAGCAUUAGGUCAAGGUCAUCCACAAAGUCAGGCCUGUGGGUUCAAGGUGAAGAGAGUAACCAGGGUUCGGGUAAGGGGGAAUCCAGUCGGUCAAGCAGUGCCAAGUCUCGUAGUACCAGGUCUCGCAGCGCCAGGUCUCGUUCUAGCAGACAGACGACCCCAGUCAACGACAAUGCGUCAGGUACGAAGGAGCAUGUGCUGCCAUUACAAGCUGAAGAAGAGGAGGAGAUCGGUGACGCCACUUCAGCAGCAGAUGAGCAGGAAAUUCUGUUACUCUCAGAUGCUGAGGUGGGGGCGGAGGAGGGAGGUUCUGGAGGAGGGACUGACCAGUGGCCAGUCAUGGAGGAGGGCAAUCGGAAAGGCAGUGGGUCUCCGGCAGUGGAGGUUCAGGCAGUCACACAGCCUCUCAUGCCGCAGUAUAAAGUGACGAAACUCGAGGGAGAUGCUGAUGACAUGGUGAUUGACACAGCAGAGUUGGAGGAAGAGGAGGAGGUAGAAGAUGUCCCUGGAGGCCCCCUCGCUGAUGCUGCUCAGGUCUUGCCAGCUGCAGAUGAUGUUGCACUGACCACAGAUGUCACGGAGGAAUCACACAUCACCACACCAGCUUCAUCAUGCUCACAUACCUCCCCUGCCCAACACCCAGCCACAACACCACCACCCACAACACCACCACCCACGACACCACCACCCACAGACCUUCUCCCUCCCUCACCACAAGCUGCUGAUGGAGAAGCUCAGGAUGACCUUGGUGUUGACAAUGAUGACUCCCUGACUGCUGAUCUUGAUGCAGAGAUCUCUAAGUUGCCAGAUGAUUACACAUCCGAUGAGGAGAAACUGUCAGCUAAAGCAGAACCUGGUACUGAUGAAUGUACAAAAGAUGGAAUCUUUCCUGAAGAUGGAACUCUUGUUAAAGUAUCAUCUGAGUCAAGCCGAGUGUCAAGGCCACAGUCUGCUGCUUCUGACCCAGGGUUAAAGGUUGACUCACAGCCAGGAUCUAAAGAUGGUUCAGAUGUGGAACAAAGAAGGGAUUCAGAAGAGCUGAAGGACUUAAGUCCAUCUGAAGAUGAUAAUGCUACCAGUCUUCAAGAGACAAUGUCGCAAAUAUUGCAAGAUUCACACCAACAUGACCAAGGUUCAAAAUCAGGAUCACAUGAUGGGUCAGAGCAAGACACCAAGUUGAGGUCAGGGUCAGAGUCAGGGUCACAACCUGGGUCAAGGUCACAACCUGGGUCAAGGUCAGAAUCCAUCUCAGGAGAGAAUGUAGAACCUACUGAAGAAGUUGAGUUUCAGGAUAAAGAUGAUGUGUUGAAGACAGAGAGUGUCAUUCCUCAGCAUGAUGUCCGUACACAAGGGGAGACAACUCAAGAUGUCCCAGCAGAGGAGCCAAAAAUGGAAGUGGAGGAAACAAUGGAAGUUGAGGAGCUAGAAGCUGAAGGUGUGCCAUUCACAGACAUGAGAGACAGUGAGGGGACAAGUGAGUCUCAAACACCAUCUAUUAUAGAUGCUGUGUCAGAGGCAAACAAAGAUAUCGGUGACCAAAGCCUUAGUCAACCAGACGAUAGUGCUAACAGAGAUCUCAAGACAGAUCAGGAACUUGUUGAGAAUGGUGACCUCGCUACUGUUCCAGACCUCAUUGCUGAUGGAGCUGGUAGUGGUGGUGACAGAGAGGGUGGUGGUGCUGAUGGUGGGGCUGAUGGUGGUGACAGAGGGGGUGGAAGUGAUGAAGAUGGUGAUAGAGAUGUUAUACCUGGCAGCCCUGUUACUACCCAGGCCUCGGAUGAGGAUGUUGAAGGCCCCACUGAUGCUGCACAGAGUGAGGUGGAGGAGGGAGGAGGGUCACUGUUGGGGAAGGAUGAGGAAGCAUCAGCAGGAGGUGCUGGAGCAGGACCUGAGAGGAAGGAUUCUCCUCCAGGACAGAUGUUGGAGGGAGAGGGGAGACAAGCACCUGCAUCCCCAGUCAGGGAGAAGAGCAAGGUCACAUUUAACGAGAAGGUAACAACUCAAAUUGUCCCUGAAACCCCACCCGAGACAAAGAGACAACCUCAACCUCCUAAGACUAAACCUUCCACAAAACCAACUUCAAAGACAAGGACUCCAGCAAAGGGAGGUGAUAAGAAAGAUGUGAAGAUGGACACCAAGAAGUUUGUUAAAGUAAUGGAUAUCACUUCAGUUCAACCUGAGAAUGACAAGCAGGAAGUGGAGAAGGAAGUCCCAGCAGCCCCAGCAAAGAAGGUCAGAGUGAAGAAGCCACCUGCUCGCCAUGUGGAGACCAAGUCGGACAAAACCAAGUCGUCAGUGUUGCCAGCUCAUAUGGAGGAGUUUCUGGGACGGCGGAGCACAUUGAAAUCUCAAGAGGAACUGGAGGAUGAAAUUGCUCAAAUGAGUGUUGCUAUCGAGGACACGCUGGCGGGACCUACUCUGGCUGUGGAGGCAGGGGAGGGGCUGACAGCAGAGGAGUUGACGCUGGCACAGGAGGCCCUGCUGGCGAGAGUACAGGAGGCAGAGGCUAAGAUUGACAAUGUAACCAAUAAGACCCCGGACAAACCCAAAGUUGCCGUCAAAGCAACUGAACCCAAGUCCAAGAAGAAGAACAAGACGGAUACUGUUGAGGAGAAGAGGGAUCUACAGAAGGAGAGGGCAGCCAUCAAGGAACGCAGGGCAAUGGAAAAACAGCAACGCCUGCAGGAAGCAAUGGCACUACAGGAGAAGAUCAGAGCCAGAGAAGCGGAGAGGAAGACAAAAGAGGAAGAAGCCAGGAAGAAGGCAGAGGACUUGGCCGAGGAGAUGGAGGACCUAAGGAAAGAGGAGGAGGAGAUCCAGCAAGCUGAGGAUGACGCUCGACUCCAAGUAGCCAUGGCCAGGAAAAUAGAACGUGAGGCUCGAGAUCGAAGGAGGAAGGAGGAUCUGGAGAGGAAGAAGCAAGAAGCCAUACGGAGAAGAGAGAAGGAGAAGGAUAUGAUAGAAGCAGCCAGGCUGAAGGAGGCCGAGAUGCUGCAGAGAAUUGCUGACAACGAGAUGAAGAGGAGACUGGAAGAAGAAGAGAAGUUUAAGAGAGAGGAAGAGGAGAGAGCAGCGCAGGAGAAGUAUGAGGAGGAGAUGAGACAGGCCCAGAGGGAGGCGGAGGAGGAGGAACUGAGGAUGAGGGAGCUGGAGAAGGAGGCGGAGGAAGAGGCGAUGCAGCGGUUGGUUGAGGAGAGGGAGAAUGCGGUGAGACGCAGGUGGAAGCUAAAGCAACUGGCACGGCAGAUUGAGGAAGAGGAGCGGAAAAAGAGAGAGGCAAUGCUGUUGGAAGAAUAUAGACUGGAAGAGGAGAAGAAGGCGCGGGAGCUGGAGGAAGAGAUGAAUAGGGAGGAAGAGAAGAAGAGGUUUGAGGAACUUCAGCGGAUGGAGGCUGAGGCUAGGGAGACGAUGAGACACGAGCUGGAACGUCGACGAGAGUGGGCUCAGAAACGUCGGGAAGUGAACCUGGAGCGGCGUGGGAAUCUGGACAAUGUCCGGCACGGUCAGGGCAUUACACGGGCGUGGGUGUUCUCCUACUUCAUGGAGUGGCCCAGGGAGUCCUACAACAAAUUAAUGGGUGAGGACCAUCAAUAUUCCAAGAUGCAAGCAUUCUCUCACAAACCCAAACCCGCAGAAGAGAAGCCCCCAGCUGAGAAGCCAGCGGAAGUGCAAGCCCCAGAAGAAAUACCUCUUGAACUGGAGGAGAUAGUUGAUCCACCACCAAGCUGAGGUCAGGUCCUGUAGAACUCCAGCUGCAAUAGUGGUCUUACCAAAACACGAUCUGAUAUUCUCUGUUGCUGAAAACAUUCAAGAGUCUUGUCAUCACUAUUUCUGGGCUAUAACCAUUGUAGGCCUGAACGUCUCUUAUGAUUCUUCUCUCCAUGUUUUCUUUAUCUCCAUGAGAUGCUGCAAACGUUGAUAACUAUUUGGGUGGAUUAUAUUUGUCUGUGGCCCAGAUUUCUCUUUUAGGUCUCCUGAGAUCUUACUAUAUAAAAAAAUGGCCUCCUUGAGACUGUCUUACCCUUGGUUGUUUGCUUGUUUGUUUGUUGUUUAACGCCGCACUCAGCAAUAUUCCAGCUAUAUGAUGGCGGUCUGUCAAUAAUCGAGUCUGGAACAGACAAUUCUGUGAUUGACAUCAUGAGCAUCG